AAAGGUGUUUGUGAAUAGGGGUCAAUACGGUUUAAUGGCAGCGUGCAUGGAGAAACACUGCUCGAACACGAGGUAAAGCACGUCACCUCUUGCCUUUGACCAUGUCACAAGCUGAAAGACAACAGGCCAACAAAGAAGAGAAGCGCAGAACGACGAAUCACAGACUGACGAAAGACAGUCUGAAGAAUCGCAGACCGAUGAAUGGCAGACCGACGAAUCGCAGACCGACGAAUCGCAGUCUGAAGAAUCGCAGUCUGAAGAAUCGCAGACCGACGAAGCACAGACUGAUGAAGCACAGCCUGCAAAAGUGCAGACCAAGAGAGCACAAGCAGACCCACGAAAGGCAGAAGAAGAGAGUAUCGAGCGCGAGAGGGCGAGCGGGAACAAGCUCUGGAGCGCCUACAUCAGCGAGGCGCAAAACUACGAUCAGGGUCUGCUCGAGGGGUGGUG